UCCCACUUCACUCCCCCGCAACAAUCUCCGAAUGUUAGUGAUUCUCUUCAAGACCACUCAAAUAACUCUCUAAGCGUUCAAGGACGGGGUAUUAGCAAGAUGGUCAUCAAUUACAGCAAGUGGGACGCCCUCGAGCUCUCCGACGACAGCGACAUCGAGGUGCACCCCAACGUGGACAAGAAAUCCUUCAUCCGCGCCAAACAGGCCCAAAUCCACCAACAGCGCGAACAGCGGCGGCACCAGAUCAAAACCCUCAAAUACGAGCGCAUCAUCAACGAUGGCCUGACGCUACGGCUAGACCGGCUCAUCACGGCGCUGAAAUCGCACAAGGCGGACGAGGGCGCGAAUCCCGAUGCCGUCGUUUUCCAGUCGAUGAUGGAGAGUGCGGUGGGGGACGGAGGCGAGGAUAGGCCGCCGACGCCGCCGGAGGGCGUACAUACGCAGGUCAAGGAGAAGCCGAGUUAUCCGCAGAUGCUGGCGAGCUUGAUCGACGAGGUGAAGAAGGACGUGGAUGCGAAGCCGGAUGCGUCGGAGAAUAGGCUGGAGAAGUUCAUCUCGGGGCUGGAAGGGCAUAAAGCGAGAGUGGAAGACCUGCAGCGGCAAUUGCUGGAAAAGCUGGCGGAACUGGAGAAGGAGGAGAAGAGGCAUAUCACGAGUGAUGAUAUACACGAGGGCUUCAAUUACUCGAGCGUCAGAAAGGACCCCACGCCCUCAUCAUCCAAACCCGCAACAUCCGCCAAAGGCAAAGAAACCACCGUCGAGCUCCUCAAUCCCUCUCGCCCCGACGCUUCCGCAUCCGGCGCAGAGGCCGACGUCGACGAAGCAGGUUCCACGCUCAAAUCCGGCGAAGUCGACGACGACAGCGUCGAAGCCUCUCCCCUAGCCAAACAAUUCGCCCGCAUAAAAUCAACAGACUACCACAGCCUGCUCGAAUUCAUCAUCCAGUACCCGUCCAUCCUGGCCGAGAAAGAGACCGACGGCCUCCUCGUCGAAGCCUUCAACAGCGAACUCGACGGCAGGCAGAAACACGCAAAGGCGUGCGUGCACGCCGCGCUGCUGAUCCAGUAUUGUCGGCAGUUGGCCGGCGCGCAGGGCGCAGGGCCGCAGGGCGUGCAGCUCUUCUUCAAGCGCAUCACGACAAAGGACCAUCAGGCGAACAAGUUGUUCCACGAUGAUGUCGAGUCGACGUAUCGGCGUAUUCACACGCGCGCGGCCGAGAUCGCGAAGGAGCGCGCCGAACGGCCCGAGGCGGCCGAAGGCGUCGAGCAGAUACAAUUACAUGCCGUGGAUCCCAAUACCACAAUCAACAUUGUCGUUCCGCCCAAAGUGUCGCAGGCAGAGAACCCCGAGGAGAAGGCCGCCGAGGAGGCGGCGCGCGCCAUCUUCGAUUCCUUCCCGCCGGGUCUACAACGAGCGCUGGAGAGCGGGAAGUUGGACGAGGUGAAUAAGGUGCUUGCGAAGAUGAGCGUUGAGGAGGCAGAGGACAUUGUGGAGAAGUUGGGGAGUGGGGGCAUGUUGAGUCUGGAGCAAGGGGUGAUUGAUGCGACGACCGAGGAGGGGAAGAAGGCGGUCGAGGAGAUUGAGAAGACGCAUCGGAUGCCUGGGGCGGGGCCUUCCGAGUAGGGGAUUGCAUUUCUGUGAGCGUGUGUCAGCGAAACUGCAUUAGGGUCCGCGGUGGAGUUAAGGUGUUGGGCGUACAGCGGUGGAGGGUAACUCAUGUGUACUUAUCAUUAGGAAUCAGAGGCAUGCAGUAUAGUAUGGAUCACCGUUGAUAUAAUACAGAUAGUCGGAUUUUCGGAGCACCAUCCUG